AUGAUGGAUUUCUUAAACUUGACAGAUCAAAAUUUUACCUCAGAAAAACCAUUUAACCGAAUGCCAUCCAAGAUUCUGGUCUCACUUACUCUGUCAUUAUUAGCACUGAUGACAACCGCUAUCAACUCUCUUGUGAUCACUGCUAUAAUUGUUACCCGGAAACUACAUCACCCUGCCAACUAUUUAAUCUGCUCCCUCGCAGUUACCGAUUUCCUAGUGGCCGUCCUAGUGAUGCCCUUCAGCAUUGUGUACAUUGUGAAAGAAUCUUGGCUCAUGGGUCAAGUUGUGUGUGACAUAUGGCUGAGUGUUGAUAUUACCUGCUGCACAUGUUCUAUCUUGCACCUCUCAGCUAUUGCCUUGGAUAGGUAUCGUGCAAUCACAGAUGCUGUCGAGUAUGCCAGGAAAAGGACACCCAAGCAGGCUGGAAUUAUGAUCACUGUGGUGUGGACUAUUUCAGUUUUUAUCUCCAUGCCACCUCUAUUCUGGAGACAUCAUCAAGAAGAUGAAUGCAUAAUCAAACAUGACCAUAUCGUUUUCACCAUUUAUUCUACAUUUGGAGCUUUCUACAUACCACUAGCAUUGAUUCUGAUCCUUUAUUAUAAAAUAUACAGAGCAGCAAAGACAUUAUACCAUAAAAGAAAUGCUAGUCGUGUUGCAAAAGGAGAGCUGAAUGGUCAAAUACUCUUGGAAAGUGGUGAGAGAAGCACUCACCUGGUCUCUACACCAUAUGUACAAGAGAAGUCUUUAUCUGACCCUUCAACAGACUUUGACAAAAUCCAAAGCACAAUAAAAAGUCCCAGGUCAGAAUUAAGGCCAGAAAAGUCUUGGAGGAGGCAAAAGAUUUCUGGAACAAGAGAACGGAAAGCAGCCACUACCUUGGGAUUAAUCCUAGGUGCUUUUGUAAUAUGCUGGCUUCCCUUUUUUGUCAAGGAAGUAAUUGUCAACAUCUGUGAUAAAUGUCAAAUUUCAGAAGAACUGUCUAAUUUUUUGGCAUGGCUUGGCUAUCUCAAUUCUCUUAUAAAUCCACUGAUCUACACGAUCUUCAAUGAAGAUUUCAAGAAAGCAUUUCAGAAACUUGUGAGAUGCAGACAUUAG